CACCUAACUCAUUUGUUAGCAUUUAACCGAAGUUUUCACUGGUGUUAUAACUUAUAAGAUGGAUACAAAGUUAUCUUUAUAUUUUGUGGGGCUUUUUAUAUUGGGAGUUUCAGCCUUGGACGGAGAAAUGGCGGAACUAGCCAAAAUGUUGAGAGAAAAUUGCGUUGAGGAAUCAGGAGUUGAUGUGGGAUUAAUAGACAAGGUAAACGGUGGCGCAGAUUUAAUGCCCGAUGGUAAACUCAAAUGCUACAUAAAGUGUGUGAUGGAGACUGCUGGAAUGAUGUCAGAUGGUGAGGUGGAUGUGGAAGCAGUGAUUGCAGUACUGCCUCCAGAACUACAGAAACAUUCUGAUACCAUGCGAGGAUGCGGAACACAGAAGGGUGCUGAUGACUGCGAUACAGCUUUCAAGACGCAGGCCUGCUGGCAAAAGGGCAACAAGCAGGACUAUAUACUCAUAUAGAAGUGUUUUACCAUGAGUGUCAUAUACAGAUUAAUCUAAAAAAAGUCAUCAUAAAGUAAAUUUCAACACCUGUUGUCCAUCUAUCUUUUUCUGUUAGUCUGUGGUGGCAUAUUUUCCCUUAAAAUGUUAUGUUUAAUAAAAGAUUUUUUAAAGUCAUUUUUAAUUCA